CAGUACUCAUCGGUUGCUGGGACGCGUUUCGUCGGGCACCAGCAUCAUCGGGAACUCGAUGAUGGGCACGGCGGGCAGCUCCUUGUCGUACUCGUCAGGAUCGAUGAGCCGUGUGCUCUUCUUGCUCCCGUAAGUCAGGAUGGCUCGCUCGUACUCGCCCCGAGAGGCAAUGAUCUGCUUCUCAAUGCUCGACUCGAUGAUCAUGCAUGGCGCUCGUGCCGCGUCCCUUGGUGGUGCCGUGCAUGAUCAGGUCCUUGAUGCGGCUGUUAAACGACUCCUGAGCCGUCAUGUUGCCGACAAUGCCGACAGGCCUGGACGAGGUGGUACCAUGUGUGGGAAGAUAUCCGACCAUUUCAGCCUGACAGCACACACGCACACAAACCUCGCCAUCAUUGACAGAGUAAGCGAAUCGUACCAAAUGACAUACGUGUUCCACAGCUGCCAGGCGUACUGGUGGAACUUGUUGAGCUCCACCAUCGUGGGCGCCCGCGACCUCAGCAUCAUGCGGAUCAUCCAGACGAAGGACAUGAAGAAGAG